AUGAAAAUCAAAGUGGAUGGAUUGGUCUCCCACUUCAAUUGGUUUAGUUGCGAAAUCCCGAGAGCGCAGGCGGCGGCUGCAAGCGAAGUGAGCGGCAGAGCAGCGGCAGCGGGAGGAAGCGGGGCGUCGCGCAGCCGAGGAGCAGAAGGAGAGGGAGCAGGAGGCAAGGGCAGCGGCAGUGGCCAAAAAGCGAAAAUCUGUCCCCUUGGUGCUGCCAACAGCGCCAGACAAGAAGCCACCGUGUUACCGAGGGCGAGGGCGCGCUGCAAGCGCCCUGAACAACGCGCACACAAUGAAUCGCCGGCGCGUGCGGGGAAGAAGAGGAGGGGGGCGUCUCAGGAGGAGACGGACAUGGAGCGCUCGGUCGCUCAGGUCGCUGACUCCCUCGUGGAGAUCAGCAAUCCACUUCGCUCGCUGGUCGCCCUGGUGGAACCACUCCUGGCUCCGGUGGCGAUCUCUGGCGAUACCAGGAAGCCAGAAGUUGAGGGAAUCAUGAGACAAUCUAUGGAUGGCUGA